CAGUAAGCCUUCACGGAUCCAGUAUAUGACAGUCGCGGGAAAUGCUUCACAAGUGAAACGAUCGAGGGCGCAGGCGAGGUCCACGACUACCAUCGAACAGUUGUCCUCAACUGACCGCAAUUGCGCGUUGCGCGUCGCCGAAAGUAUACCUGACACAUCAACACUGCCCAUACGCAGUCGGGCGCUGCUCCGAGCAGGAUAUGCAAGCCAUCCGAACCUUGGGCCACCUUCGCUGGUCCACGCAAGCUCCUCAAGCCCGGCCACUUCCACCUCAUAUCAAAAGAGAAUUUGUGCAAACCGAAUCCGGCGACCUGGAACUUCUCGUAUGUGAGCCGAAGUCAGGCCAAGCAGCCAAGUCUGGAGUCUUCUUCGUCCAUGGUGGAUAUGGCUCAGCGGGAGUAUGGCUCGAGUGGAUGAAUUAUCUUUUCGAAAACAACUACCCUGGCCGGUUGUACGCGUACAGCGCCCGGAACCAUGGAGCGAGCUUCGCUGUUUCGUACCUCGAUAUGGUAUUCCGGACUUCUCUCAAUGCCAUCGCGAGUGACUUGACAGCUUGCGUGAAUUGGGCGGAGAGCGAUAACGAAGGUGGCAAGCUUGUCCUCGUGGGACAUUCCUCGGGCGGCGGGCUCUCGCAGUACUGUCUGGCAAAAAAUUUAGUCACUGCCCAUGCUUUGUGUCUAGUUGGCGCGAUUCCACACUUCGGGAUGCUAGACAUGUAUUGGAACUGGUUCAAGCAUGAUCCAUUCUUCCCGUUGAGAAGUAUGCUCCACUUCGGGCAUCCAACGUCUCCUCUUAGUACGCCUGACCUUGUGCAUGGUGCGUUCUUCGGCCGCAAGUACCCCCAGCAGGAAAUUCUGAGCUUCAUGCGGUGGAUACCUUGGUAUGAGUCAAUGGGAUGGCCGGUGGCGAUGUUUGGCAGCUUCGUGGGCUGGCUGAUGGGCAAGAACACCUGGCUUGGAGUGUCUUAUAUCUUGCGCAAUAUCGAACUUUCGAGAAAUGCAUUUGAGCGGGAUGCCGUUUGUGUGCUAGUGGGACUCCAGGAUAUGCUGUUCGAUAUGAGGGUGAUCAGGCGUGUUGCGACCGAGUAUCGAGAAGGACUUAAGAAAAUGCGCGAGAGCCAAGGAGCCUCUGUCGAUGCGGGGUUUUCAGGCGAGCUGGCAGAAGUUAGUGGUGCUGUCUGUGAAAGCAAGGGUGGCGUGCGAGUUGUGUUGAUUGAGGAUGCUGGACAUCAUGUGCAGAACGACGUCCAGACAGACAUCGCUGCCGAAACUUUGCUGUCAUGGUUGAAGCAGGUCUCGUGAUCCAGGAUCCCGGUAAAGAGGUGGUCAUGGUUGUGUCCGGGGUGCUGUGGCUAGUGCACAGCCCCGUCUAUCGGCAUCUGGUCGACUUCUCUCGUUACGGUCGAGGACAGUUGUUCGCAGACGAAGCAUGAUUUUGUUCAAGGGAUGCAUGUUUAUUUCACACGAGGAAUGGGGCGGAUAGAAAUCUGUUGGCAAGUUUCGACCUGUGAGGGCUGUUGAACUGAUCGAAUGUUCGA